GGAAUGGACAUGGGGGGCAUGUCUAUGACUAUGUUCUUCAAUUUCAACCUACCAGUCACAGUGUUGUUUUUCGAGUGGGAAAUUAAAGACCAAGGCGCAUUGAUUGGCUCGUGUUUCGGAAUAGCCGUACUCGGGAUUCUGUACGAAAUAAUGAAAUUUUUGAGGCAGUUGUGGGCAAACAAGAUGCGUGAAGCCAAUGAACCGUUUGUACUUUCCGCCAGUGAUUGCUGCGACGACGAUGGCAUCGAAAGUUAUUCGAUUUCUCACAAGUCUUCGAAGUUCUGGAUAUUUCAUAUAGUCCAAAGUAUUUUACAUAUGGUGCAGGUUUUCAUUGCUUACGUGCUGAUGUUAAUUGUUAUGACUUACAAUGUUUGGCUCGUUAUAUCCUUGGUUGCCGGUGCCGGUGCGGGAUAUUUGAUUUCAGGAAUUCUUCAGGUUACUAUGUGCGCACCAAAACGCAGACCGAUGUCUUCAAGCCCACCAAAAUAUAACGGAUCAAUGCGUAACGCUAAUGGGAACGGUGGAUACAAUCCUUAUGCUAACGGAGAGACGUCGAAUGGAAAACACAACGGUUCUUACCCCAACGCAGUAUUUUCAUCAGAUUGAUUAAUAAGCAUCAAUUUAUAAAACUUUUUAAUUAUUAUGCUUCAAAAAAUGUAUCUUUUAUUCAAAUAUAUUCAUUAUAUUAAAACUAAUAAUUUAAAUCAUAUAGCCACAUUCUUACGGAAAAUACUUUUUGUCUUUGUUUAUACAGUCGGUUAGGUUGGUGGAAGAUGGGAAACCUUUUCAUUCUAUUUUCUCGUCCCAUUUGGGAGUAAACAAAGAACAUUCAUGGAAUUGUAAAGCCAUUUUCUCACGAUUCUCAUAGACCGUUGUUAAUUGUUUAAAACACGGUUAGGAUAUUUGGAUAUCAUGUGUUAAAUAUAUCCCGUCUUCCCCCACCCUAAUAUACGAAUUAUCCAGCAAUAUGCUAUAUUUUUGUUAUGUAUACAAUGAUUUUAGAUGUUUACAAAUAUGCUAUAUAUACGUAUUUUGUAUCAUGUUUUAUAUAUUGUUUAUCGCACACCACAGCCAUUAUCAAGUAUAAUUAUAAUACAAAUGAAACUGCUUUCCUUGUCA